ACCGUCAAAAGAACUACACGUUUCUACAAAUAUCGUGUUGAAUGUCUUUACUUUAUGAGAAGUAUGAACUGUUGAAAUGAUGUUUGAAGGUAAAGCUCAGGAGUGAGGAGUCAGAGCUGCUGGGUCGUCUGGCCUUGUUUACAGUGUUUAUUAAUCUGCCAUUUUAAGCGUUCACUAAGUCAACUUUGUACAUAUUUGAUCAUCUAAAAAAUACUUAAGUUGCAUACCCACACAAAAGGAAGUAGCCCACAAGUACGUUAUAUAUUGUCUUUUAUAGGGUCAGUCUGCAAUAGUAGAUAAAGAAAAUAUACAGAUUCAUUUUAAAAAACUCACUAUAUCGAGUUUAAAGAAGGACCCUCCCUAUAGGUUAGCUAUGCCUCUUUAAGUUUAAUUCCUAUGAAAUAGUUGCCCCAGUUCAGUAUUUGUUAGUCUGCUAUAAGUAAUAUCUCUGUGGAUUUGAAGUUGAUCACUGUGGGUGUUAUACCACAUGUAUAAACACUUUAGCAACACUUGUUAUUUCUUGAUGCUUUUGCCAGAGAGAGAUCAUCCUCAGUGUCAUCUUUCACUGACUGCUGAGCAAUCAGCAACAGGUGUGAGAGCAGACGGCCACUCCUCCAGUGUGUCAGCAUGGCAUUAAAACACUUGUCACUCAUGUUAAAGUUGUAUUUAUUAUCCCGGCCUUCUGCAUAUGUUAUAUGUUAUUAAUUGUAUAAAAGGAUGUAAUUCCUUUUACAUGUGGUUAUUAUACAGAAAUAAAUGGGUGUGCAGCCUUUUUGAAGUCAGACAUAAAUCCGUUGUUUUCCUCUCCUUUGGCUCGGUUUUAGCCUGCCAACCAGUAAUGAGCCCCCUGAACUUGCGUCAGCAUUAAUCCCGUUGGAGAACAGUGAACAUCUGACUGACUGAUCCUGUUAUGUGCUGCCGCUCUUCUUGUUCCGAGUGAGAACUUCUACAGACUCUUUGCCUCGGAGGAUCCCGGCUGGCACACGGCUGCAUUGUGUUCACGGGGAUGAACAGUCGAUUCUCUACCGGUCCAUUUGUCUCUGCCACUUUAGGUUUGGGAAGUUUAAGCAGUUGUCACUAAUGGUUCCCUAAUGAGGGGCGCUGAGAGCUCUAAUGGGCUCCUCCACAACAAUGUGCGUUGAUGCCCCGGUGGUUUGAUAAUCGUCUCCCCCUAUAAUCGUAUUUUCGUCGUCUUUCUGCGUUGGUUUGCAGCCCAUCUUUCCUCUCAGGCUGGUGAUCGCUCCGCACACUAAGCUGCUAUAAUGCAAUUGGACGACAUGUUGUGUAUUUAUUACGUGUUGAUGUGAGUCUCGUGUUUGGUAGCUCAGUAACACGCAGUACGCUGCAUAGCUGAAAUGUUUUAGGGCGGUGAUGCCAGUCAGUGAAGGAGGCAGAGAAACAAGAUGACAGAGUGAUGUUUGGCUCGAUGUGGGACUGUACAUUCAUUAUUUAUUGUUUUUAAAAUGUGUGAAAUAAUCACCUAGAUUACAAGAUGUUGUAGUUUCAUUAGCAGCUAAAAAAAUAAUAAUGUCAUAAUAAAGAAAAUCAGGAAGGCAAAGUGUAAUCAGAAAAUAUAUGUUUUAGUCGACAAGACAUUUAAAAAGAUCGUUGAAUUAUUAUUCAAGAUCUGAGCUUUUUCUGUGACAUCAAACUAAAUACGUUUUGAUUUCUUGUUACUCGGACACAAUCUAUUUCCCUACUUCACGUUGGCCUCUGGAGCUUGUGUGUUAUUCUUUCUGUCUUGCACAGUUUAGCCUGCGGUGAACUGAUUUGCGUGACAUGCUGGUUUCUUUGCAGCAGGUGUAGACACGCCUGGAGUCAUUUUCUUCAUGCAGGACAAAACUCUGAUCACUCCUGUUGAUAAGACCCAGAAAUUCAAAAUGGCGCAGGAAAGUGAUGCAAAACUGACGACACACGUUGCUCCUGAUGUGGAAAAGCAGGUUUUUCGUGUUGUUUAUCGCAUCUCGUGUUGAUUUUACAAAUAUCAUGUCAUAGGUACUCUUUGUGUUUUCUCUCUUUCUGAAAACGCAAAGAAUGCAUUGAGAAAUAUUUGGCGCCAUAGAAAGUUUGUCAAAGGGGUGAACAAUAGAGUUGUAUUGUCAUUUGUUUUUUUAUUGUGCACGUCUCAGUCGAACAUGCAUGUCAUCACGUUGUGAUCGAGCUUGAGGACUAAAGUUAUGAAGAAGGAAGAGUUGCUAUUUUAUCACACUUCCCACAGGAUGGGUGGGUUUAGCCACAGCUUUCACUCCUCUGAACCAUGAGAACAGCUCACAAACAGGAAGCCCGCAGUCUGACAACAUGCUCGACAGGAAAUGACAUCCCACGGUCCGUGUGUGGGCUAAAAUAUCUUCACCGCUCGUUCUCUCUGUCUUCAACACAGACACAGAAAUACAGAGAAAAACAAGACCUUUCCCAUCAUGUGUUUUCUGGUGUGUGUGUGUUUUAGUGGCGAGAGAGGAUGUUGAUAUUAAGAUAGCCCCGAUAAGAAUCAAGGCCAGCAACGUUGGAGGACAAAGGCAUGCAUUGUGGGUAGAAAUAGCACUUCCGCUUUUGAGGAACAACAUUGAGAAGCCUCCACAUCGGCCUAUUAAAACAAUUAAUGUUGAUAAACGCCAAUAAAACAGAACGGAGAUUAUUUAAGAAAGCUGCUCUAUUGUGUUCAUAGUGAUGGAUUGUGUGUGUGUGUGUGUGUGUGUGUGUGUGUGUGUGUGUGUGUGUGUAUGUGUGCGCAGCUGCAGGAUGUUUAUGCUGUAUGUGUUCUUUACAAUGAAGCUGUGUGUGUAUACGGUCACAUCGGCAUACGUUCUCCAGCUCGUUCUCUGGUCCCAGCAUUCCUGAACACAGCUAGCAGGCUCACUGGGAACUGUUUAUGGGAUGUUGAUGCUCGCUCUCAUUUGAAUCCCAUGACUGGAUAGUGUGGCAUACACCUGACCCGGCUCGUGUUAAUAACACAAUACAAGGUUGUUUUUGUGGGACAGACUAAAUAUGGGACAUUUUUUAGUGCAGCGGUUCCCAACCUGAGUUAAAAAGAUAAAUCUACAGGGUCACAAGAUGAGAUAAGAGACGAGAAGGAAAACAUAUCUGUUAGGUUUAUUUAUUUUUAUUUUUAUUUCUAAUACUGUUUAGCUCUUAACUCUGAAUUAGUUUAAUUAACCAGUGUGAGAAAGAGAAAUCCCCCUUUGGUUGUACUGCUCACAACUCAUGUUCACACUGAUGCUGAAACCUAUAUAGAGGGGUAAUGAGAAGACAUCGCUUCAUUUUAUCAGCCCAAAAGUGUGGGAGCCACUGGUGAAGUGAAUAUGUGCUCCAUCCAUGUUUAUUUACAUUUUCUACUUGUACUUCACUCUGUGAUUUCAAACAUUUCCCAUUAAAACCUUUAAGAAAGCCAGAGACAACGUGUCUGAUUUGGAUCUGCAGGGGUUUUAAUGUAUUUAAUUAGAUAAAUACUGAUAAUAAUGGUGACAUCAUGACCAAGUGAACACGUUUUCCUGUUUCAUCGCAUUAUGGCCCUUUUUAGAAGUCUAAUGCAGGAUAUAAAUCCUCACCGUAUUGAUUCAGAGGUGCAGAGUGCAGCCGGCACAGCAGAGGGCUCCAGGUUGACUCAUACAGACAGACAGACAUGAGGCAAGCGCUCACAUCUGCUCUGUGAUGCAGACGCAGACACACCCGGGGCAAAAGUGUGUGUGUGUACACACACUCAACAAGCCACUCGGGCCACGAUGAGUUUGGAAUACUGCGAUGUUUUGGCACGCAUCAUUAGCAUCGGGAUGAUGCUCAUGCAAAUACACGAUUGUCUUCAGGACAGAUGACAUUGUUAAGCUGGAUUUCGGAGGUGAUGAUGACUGGUCGCAUGACUGGUCGGGAGAGAGAAGACCUGGCUCAAAGUGCUGACUCAUACCAACAGCUCAUGACCGCGUCACUGUGGUGACCAGAUGAAGAAGAAUGAAUGAAUGAUAUAUAUGAGUUACCUGUUUUUAACAACGUUUUCUCUGUUGGGCCUCUGGGUCUUAUGAUAUACCGUAUUACCCUCUGAAAACACUGUUUGUUUGUGUACGUUUCUUUUGAGCAGGUUGUUAAUCUUGUAAUCCUGCAGGAAUGAGUCCUAAAACCCGGGACUGAGUCAGCAUUUUUGCACCUCUGGUUCCCUCGUCUCAAAGUUCAUUUGUGUUUUUUGGAUGGAUAAAUUGAUUAAAUGCCUGAAAUAUGGUCUGUGGUUAAAGCAAGUGGCUAAAUGAGACUACAAAACGUCAUCAGUCCGCCUUCACAGCCUCUUUGUGUUUACACUCAUGAGACCGUGGUGUAGUUCUAGUCUAACGUUAGCUUUAGAAGAUUGUCUUGCUGAACAAAACGUGUGUCAUAAAGUUGUGUUUCUGUGAUAACCCAGAAUCCAAUGGAAAACUCCUGUUGGCUUGUUGUCGAAGGAACAAGUGCGAUGCUAACUUCCGGGGUUGGCGUACAAAACGUUGUCAUCCCUGCAGCUGCUCUAUUAAGGUUGUGUGUAAAACAGCAAUAUGUUUUGAUCAACAAACACAACUCAACAUAUGUAAUCAUAUACAUCGGUUUUGAAAGAAAGUUGUGGUAUAGACCUUUUAUAUUGCCCUCUGUGUGUGUGUGUGUGUGUGUGUGUGUGUGUGUGUGUGUGUGUGUGUGGAGGCAGAGAAAGGAAUGACCACUGGGUGGAGCCUCCAUGUUAAUGGCAGUGACAGCAACAUUGAAAGAGUGAGUAGAGAGGAGGGAGGGGAGGGAGGGAGGUAGUGAGUAAGGCUCCUUCCCCAGACGGGCUGUCAGUGUGCUGGGAGCAUGCUGGGAGCUGAUAGCUGAGCUGUUUCUGUUUCCCUGACCGGAGGAGCCGGCUCCUUCUCUCUGCCGCUGGUCAUGUGGAUGUCCAGCUCGCCUGCGUUAAGCCACAGGAGCUGACAGAAAAACAGACUGCUGGGUCUUUUAUUUUUAAUUUUUGAGGUGAGGUGUUUCCUUGUUAUAUAUAUAUAACAAGGAAGAGUAAGAGAGAAGAGGAGCUCCCUGGAAGGACACACAAUUGACAUUUUGGAGGAUUUCUCUCACAGUGCCGGACGACCUCACCCCAGAGGAGAAGCAGGAGCUGGAGAAUAUCCGCCGGCGCAAGCAGGAGCUGAUGGAGGACAUUCAGCGGCUGAAGGAUGAGAUCGCAGAAGUGACGAGUGAGAUCGAGAACUUGGGAUCCACUGAGGAGAGGAAAAACAUGCAGAGAAAUAAACAGGUGGCCAUGGGGCGCAAGAAAUUUAACAUGGACCCCAAAAAGGGGAUCCAGUUCCUGAUCGAGAACGACUUGCUGAAGAAUACCAGCGACGACAUCGCUCAAUUCCUCUACAAGGGCGAGGGCCUCAACAAAACGGCCAUCGGGGAUUACCUCGGAGAGAGAGAUGACUUCAAUCUCGAAGUCCUUCAUGCCUUUGUGGAGCUUCAUGAGUUCACAGACCUCAACCUGGUUCAGGCCCUAAGACAGUUCCUGUGGAGUUUUCGGCUACCGGGAGAAGCUCAGAAGAUCGACCGAAUGAUGGAGUCCUUCGCUCAGCGCUACUGCCGGUGCAACCCUGGCGUUUUCCAGUCCACAGACACCUGUUACAUCCUCUCGUUUGCCAUCAUCAUGCUGAACACCAGCCUCCACAACCCGAAUGUGAAGGACAAGCCUUCUGUGGAACGAUUCAUCUCCAUGAACAGAGGAAUCAACGAUGGAGGAGACUUACCCGAGGACCUGCUCAGGAAUCUGUACGACAGCAUCAAGAAUGAACCUUUCAAAAUCCCCGAGGACGACGGCAACGACCUCACACACACCUUCUUCAACCCAGACAGAGAGGGCUGGCUGCUAAAACUGGGAGGGGGACGAGUUAAAACCUGGAAGAGGAGGUGGUUCAUCCUCACAGACAACUGUCUGUACUACUUUGAGUACACCACAGACAAAGAGCCCAGAGGAAUCAUCCCACUGGAGAACCUGAGCAUCAAGGAGGUGGAGGAUAAGAAGCCUAACUGCUUCGAGCUUUUCAUUCCCGACAACAAGGACCAGGUGAUAAAAGCGUGCAAGACCGAGGCUGACGGACGCGUGGUGGAGGGCAACCACACCUUCUACCGCAUCUCGGCCCCCACUGCUGAGGAGAAAGAGGAAUGGAUGAACAGCAUCAAAGCCGCCAUCAGCAGGGACCCCUUUUACGAAAUGCUGGCAGCCAGGAAGAAGAAGGUGUCGUCCAUGAAGAGGCACUAGAGCUGCUCAGCACUCCAGAUGUUGCACUUGACAGAGCAGAAGGGGGUCCCGGCAUCCGCAGACGCCGAGGCUGAGGUCUGCCUCAGACCUCUCCGGGGGAUUUCUCUAGGAUACAUACUAGGACUGGCUUUGGGCCCCUACAGGCCAGAACAAUGGGAAGCAUGCUGGGGUUUCUAGAUGAGUCGUGGCCGAAGCGUCUUCUUAACCUCCCGUCUCUCUUUCUCCGUCAGCUUCGUGUGCUCUCUGUCUAUGAGGUCGUAAAGGAAAGCUCGCUGUGUAUCUCGGCAAAAUCCUCUUUGAAGAUGCUUUAAAAAAAACUAACACAAUUCCCAUACACAUUGUGCACAUUGUGCAAACGCUCAUGCCGCUCCCCAGUAGCACCCAUCGUUUUAAACUCAGCAGGUCUGACCAAGUGUGGCACUUCAACCAAAAUGUUCCUCGCUUUUCAAAAAGAAAAGACCUUUUCUGAUGUGCUUUAAUACGUUACGGUAAUACGUGUCUAUUUUUACAGCUUUAAAUGUCAAUUCAUCUUAAAGUCUUGUUUGUUUGCUUUUGUAGAAAAUGAAAGGUCUCUCGAGGGAGGGUGUGGGAGGGAGGGAGGGAGGGUUUGAUUCGCCAACGUUUGUUAUUUUAUAGAAAAAAGAAAAGAAAAACUUGAAAAAAAAAGUUGCCACUCAGGAGAUUGUUAUGAUGUUCUGAAACUUUCCGUGUGUCGGCGUUGGCGAGGAUUCUGUUCACAACACGACAGCCAUGUGAGGCACGAAAGCCGUGUGCCAGACUGAACUGCUUUUGUAAAUGUGACGCGGCUGCAGACGGCGGUGUCUGCUAGUCUGGACGGGGUCUUCGUGUUUGAUCUGGCUCUCACUGUUAAUUUCCUGAAGGUCCUGGAGAUGCAUCCUGGGGAUUAGAGUACUUUUUAAAGGGAUGAGUGUUCAUCACCCUGGGCUUCUUUUUGAGGUCUUAGGUUGUCUGGAAAUUAGAACUAGUGGCCCCCUUUUUUAAUUUCUCCUCCUAUACAUUUUCUCUUAUUUUGUUUCUAAACACAAAACCGCUUCCUGUUACUUAAUUUCGUCGUCACUGCUGCACGGUGCCUGGCACUCGAGAUGAAAUGUGAUGAGAAAAGCUGCUGGUUAGCGACCGUAAUUCACAGAUUUCUUCUCCCGGUCAAACAUUUAAUAUUUGGUUUCCUGCCUUUUUAAUUAGUUUUCUUUGUAGAGGGUUACCUAUUUAAUGGUAAAACAAAUCACAUGUCAUUUCCAGCCGUCGGCCCGACCCCAUUGAUAGUUGUACUGUGUGCUUCAGGUUCUUUAUGUAUAAGACAUAAUAUAUGACAUAUUGUUGUAGAGGCUUUAAAGCGGUGUGGUUCAUUGGAGCUAUGCCUGGACAAGAAUGGGCUGUCCCCGUCUCAGGAUCCAAAGUGUGAUGUGAAACAAUACAGAACUACUAGUCGUCUGAGGAACGCACUGUGGUCAACCAUACGAUGGAGGUCAGGAUGGAUGGUUGGUCACACCGAGGCAGUGAUGCGUCAUUUUGUCAGAUAGCAACUAUCAAAAAAAAAAACUGCGUUGAGGUACAAUUUUUGCAAACGCAGCCCUGAGUUGUUCAUCUUUUCUACUCUGGUCUACAGUCUCUCAUCUGUGCCUGCUGGUCUCUAUCCUCACUCUGCUCCUCUCAGCGCACUGAUCCUACAGAAACACGGAAGAAUGCAAAACAAUCAUAAUUCUAGACAGUAUUGCUUUAUUUAUCAGAGUUGUACAUACUUAAAUGUAUAGUGGGUAUUUUGUCCUCAUUUUGUUUCUUAUUAGUUGUGACAUUUUCUUUUGGUAUUCUGUUCAAUGUUUGAUUUGAGGUUUGUAUCAUUGCCAUUUAAUCAAGCUAAAAUAAAGACAACUUUGUCCCAA